AUACAUUAUCAUAUGCAUUAAAAGAUAUGGUUGAAGCUACAACUGAUUUAGCGAAAAAUGCUCGACGUAUUAAACAUAUUGAUACACGAACAUUAAUACGAGCGGAACGAGAAGAAAAAAUUCCACAACAACAGACAGCCUAA